AUCAAUUUCUUUAUUAUAUCUAAUAACUGCCAACUGUAAAUAUUUAUUAUACCGUUAAUUAAGAUUUUAUUUAAGGUUAGGUUAAAUUUUCAAGAGAAAAAAUAGGUUAGGUUUGGCAUGAAGCCAAGAUGAGUAGAAGGGAUCCUGAUGAUGACCGCGGCGGAAGGGAUGAUUCCGAUUCCGACGUUAAUUUUGAAUCUUUCGACGAAAAAUCUUCAAACCUGAAAAGACAGAAUAGCGAUAGAGACAUGAUAAGUGAGAAGAAAAAAACAAAAAGAGACCAUCCAACCGACGACUUAACAAAUGACUCAACGAAUGAUCUUGAUGAAGAAAGGACAAAAAGGAAGAACAAGAAAAACCGUAAGAAUAACAAAACUUCUAAUUGGAUUAAAAAUACAGUUUUCAAAACCUUCUUUAUCGAACCCGAUACGGAAUCAAAUGACACAGAUAACACAAAUCCUAAUACCACAAAUUCUAACAACACAAAUUCUAACAACACAAAUUCUAACAACACAAAUUCUAACAACACAAAUUCUAAGAACACAAAUUCUGAUAACACUAAUGUUGAUAAGACUAAGGCACGAUUCAUUCACGUAAUGGAAAUUGCAAAAAUGCUCAAAAACAUCGAAAUCAAGACAUACAAAGAACUAACACAGGCAGGUAGAGGUAGAUUCAAAAUCACCUUCGAAAAACCUUCCCAUGCAGAACAACUUCUAAACUCAAAACUGCUCAAAGAAAUAUACAACUAUAAAGUUUAUACCCCCAAAAUGUACCAAACAUCGUAUGGGGUAAUUAAAGGAAUCCCAUUAUCACUGUCUAACCAGGAAAUACUAGAAAACAUUGAAUGCUCGAAAAAAGUAGAAAAGAUUGAACGAAUAACCAGAAUGAAAUUUGAUAACGGAAAACCUAUCGGAGACCCAAUACCUACCCUUGCAUUAAAAAUUCAAAUAUCCGGCGAAAUAUUACCCGAAAAUGUAAAAAUUUAUGGCGUUUUAGCAAAAGUUGAUCCAUAUAUUUUCCCUAUUAAACAGUGCCAAAACUGCUGGAGGUUUGGUCACAAGAUCAAAUCCUGCAAAGCAAAAAUAAAAUGUAAACGAUGCGGUCAGGAACAUGACACUAAAGUUUGCCAAUCUCACGAACCUCAAUGUAUACAUUGCCAAGGCAAUCAUGAAUCAAAUGAUAGACAAUGCCCAGAAAGAACUAGACAACAUAAUAUCAACUUAGUUAUGACAACUCAAAAGUUGACAUUUAUUGAAGCCAUCAAACUGUACCCUAAGCAACCACAACAAUUCAGAUUACAACUAACCUCACAAACAGAGUUUCCAAUCCUCCAACCAACAACUUCAAAUCACAAUUAUUCUAAAAAUACUAAUUCGAACAAAAAUAAUCCGACAACAAAAACAACAAAAGUAACAGAAAUAGAAACACUAGCAAUGUACCUUAAAACAGAAAUUAUGAAAGAACUGAAAAUGAAUAAAGUAUAUGACAAGAUUAAAAUGAUACAAUCCGAAAUCAACGAUCAAACCAAAAAGAAAACUGGUGACUGGAAUUCCGACCUCUUACUGAUAAAAAUCAAUGACGAGUUGAACACUUUGUUCAGUCAACCGUUACAGCAACAUAUCAUAGAGCCAACAGCCAUCAAUUUAACCACAGAUAAUACUUAAAAACAGCAUUCAAACAAUUUCAAAAAACUAAUUCCGU